AUGGCCGAGGUUGGAGGCUUUCUUGGGACACUCGAUUUGGAUUUACAAGGGUUUCCGACGCUCGGAAAUGUUCCUUUACCUGAAUCGCCUGUGGGUUUGAAUGAGAGACUAGGACAGAUUGAAGGGAGGUUACAGAGAGGGUCGUUGACGGAUUUUGGCCACCUAAAGGGUAUUCUCCGGCGACGACAGCUAUACUGCCGGACGGGUUUCCAUCUGGAGAUAUUUCCUAAUGCUACUGUACAAGGGACCAGACAGGACCACAGCAGAUUCGGGAUCCUGGAGUUCAUCAGCCUGGCAGUGGGGCUGGUCAGCAUCCGAGGAGUGGAUGCUGGACUCUACCUGGGGAUGAAUGAGAGAGGCGAGCUCUAUGGGUCGAAGAAGCUGACGGCGGAGUGUGUGUUCCGGGAGCAGUUUGAGGAGAAUUGGUACAACACCUAUGCCUCCACACUAUACAAGCAUUCUGACACUGGGAGGUUCUACUACGUUGCCCUUAACAAGGACGGCUCCCCCCGGGAGGGAAGCAGGACUAAAAAGCACCAGAAGUUGACGCACUUCCUGCCAAGGCCUGUGGAGAUUGAGAAGAUCCCGCAGAGUUACAGAGACCUUUUUCAGGACAGGUAA